AUGAAAAACCAUUCUCUAAAUCAAAAUCUAACGGAGGUAUUGAUGCUAAAAUUAAGAUCUCUGAUGUCAGAAGAAAAAAGUCUAAUGUAGAUGAAUUCCCAAUACUUAAUAAUUAAUAUGAAUUAAGCUGCCAUCCACAUUGUGUCAAAUGAAAAGGAAUAAAUUUCAUCAGUAACCUUAGAAGCAUGCUAAAUUGCCAUUCAUAAAUAUAAUAUGAUUAAAAAAAUUGAAAAAGAUUCAUUCCAUCAUAAAUGCAGUGUACAACCUAGAAUUAAUAAAAUACUUUCUUUUGUUGGUGCAGAUAGACUUAAACAUAGUAUAUAGAGCUACCUUCGGUAAACCAAAUUUUUAUGCCAGAGUUAAAAUUCGUAGCAUUCUCUAUAAUUAGAGAUGCAAAGAUGCUAAACCAAUCAGGCUAUGGAAGGAUUUUUUUUAUUACAAGAAUAAAAAAUAUUGCUCUAAGAUAUUCUCAAGAAUUUCGAUGAAUAAUAUUCAAAAAAUAAAGUGUAAUGUUCUAAAUCUUUAGUGUAAAAUAAUAAAUAUAUAUUAUUUUAAAAUUUUCAAAGUCAAUUAAGUAAUCAUUGGUGA